GGAGGGAAGCGGGAAACGCAGGGUCUCCUGGGCCAUAAUGGCUGUCAAAUGGACUGGUGGACAUUCUUCUCCUAUUCUCUGCCUGAAUGCAAGUCAAGAAGGGCUAGUGGCUUCUGGAGCAGAAGGUGGUGAUCUCAUGGCUUGGGGUGAAGAUGGGACUCCUUUAGGACAUACACGCUUCCAAGGAGCUGAUGAUGUUACCAGUGUCUUAUUCUCUCCCUCCUGCCCCACCAAGCUCUAUGCCUCGCAUGGAGAAACCAUUAGCUUACUGGAUGUCCGGUCCCUCAAAGGUUCUGUGGACCAUUUUCACGUGAAUGAAGAAGAAAUCAAUUGCCUCUCAUUGAAUGACACUGAAAACCUGCUGGCUUCUGCUGAUGACUCCGGGGCAAUUAAAAUCCUAGACUUGGAAAAUAACAAAGUUAGCAGAUCACUGAAGAGACAUUCCAAUAUCUGUUCCUCUAUAGCUUUUCGGCCUCAAAGGCCUCAGAGCCUGGUAUCAUGUGGACUGGAUAUGCAGGUAAUGCUAUGGAACCUUCAGAAAGCACGGCCACUCUGGAUUACAAAUUUGCAGGAAGAUGAAACAGAAGAGAUGGAAAGCCCACAAUCACCUGGUCAGCUUUUAAACCCUGCUUUAGCCCACUCUGUGUCUGUGGCAUCAUGUGGUAAUAUUUUUAGCUGUGGUGCAGAAGAUGGUAAGGUUCGAAUCUUUAGGGUGAUGGGAGUUAAGUGUGAUCAAGAAUUAGGAUUUAAGGGCCAUUCUUUGGGAGUAUCCCAGGUCUGCUUUCUGCCAGAAUCCUAUUUGCUGCUUACAGGAGGGAAUGAUGGGAAGAUAAUGUUGUGGGAUGUAAGCAGUGAAGUUGAAAAAAAACAGAAGAGUCCUACGAAACCUACUCACAGGAAGAAAACUAAGAGAGCAUCUUAUACGAAGCAGGGUGGAAACACUUAUCAUGCCCCAGCAGAUGAAGAAGAACAUGGCAAAAUUUUACCAAAGCUAAGUAUUGAACAUGGAGAAAAAGUGAACUGGCUCUUAAGUACAAGAAUAAAGGGAUACCAAAAUAUAUUAGUAGCUGAUCAAACUAGUUGUAUAUCUGUAUAUCCCUUAAAGGAAUUUUAAAUCCAAUAAAAUCAUUUGAAAAACUGCA